AUGUCUUCUGUGUUGGUUUUAAGCGUCCUGUCUUGUUCAAGUCGUUCGGCGACUUUCUUUAUUUCUCCGCUUCCUUUUUUCUUUUUCUUUCUUUUUUUUUCUUUUUUCUUUUUAUUGCUUCAAGAUUUCUUUCUUCUUUCGAAAACCGUUUUUCCAAAUUCAGUUUACCAUCAUCUCUCUCUCACUACCCUCUAUCUCUCUCUCACUACCCGUCCCUCACUACAGCCACUCUCUCUCUCUCUCACUAACCACUCUCUCUCUCUCUCUCUCUACUCUAACGACUCUCUCUCUCUAACCUCUCUCUCUCAUUGUCCCUCUCUCCCUUUCACUGUCAGUUACUCUAUCUUACUAACAUCUCUCUCUCUCACUACCCUCAUACUAACCUCUCUCUCUCACUACCCUCUUCUCUCUCUCUCACUAGCUACUCCCUUUCUCCCUCGCUAUCCCCUCCCUCUUUCCCACUACACACUCUUUCAUUACCUCUCUCUCACUACCCUCUUCUCUCUCUCUCUCUCAGUAGCCCCUCCUUUUUGCCCUCACUAUCUCUCCCUCUCUUCCACUACAAACCGCUCUCUCUCUCUCUCUCUCUCAACCUUUUCCUGUCAUCUUUUUUCGUAG